CGCGUCUCUUGUCAACUCUGCCCCACUUUACGCGCAGCUCCGCAGGCACCAUGAGCGACUAUGAAGAGGCAACCUCCUUCCUGGGAGAAUGGGGCCGUUUCCAGCAGCAGGUGUUUUUCCUCCUCUGUCUCACCGUGGUGCCCAACGGCUUCACCGCCCUCUCCAUGGUGUUUGUGGCCGACACACCACUGCACCGCUGCGUCGUGCCGCCGCGCGUAAACCUCACGGCGGCGUGGAGGAACAGCAGCAUCCCGCUGGAGGAGGAUGGCGGAGGAGAGUUGGUGCCCAGCAAGUGCCUCAGAUACAAACUGGAUGAUCUGCUGAGCUUCUCCGAGAGAGGCUUGGUGCCCGGCGUCGAUGUGAAUCUGAGCGAGGUGCCAAAAGAAGGCUGCCUGGACGGGUGGGACUACGACCAGAGCCUCUACACCUCCACCAUCAUAACUGAGUGGAACAUGGUGUGUGGACAGGUGGAAGAACCCAUUGACCUCCUCUGUCUUCUUCAGUGGGGUUCUCGCCGCUCCAUCAUUUCAGGGCAGCUCUCCGACAGGUAUGGGAGGAAAAUCGUGUUGUUUGUCACCUUGGCCUUCAAGACAGUGUUUGCACUCAUCAAGGCGGUUUCUCCAUCCUGGCCCGUGUUCUGCGCUUUGUACUUUGUCGUCGGGAUGGGACACAUCUCCAAUUAUGUGUCUGCAUUCGUCUUAGGGACAGAGAUUCUCGGCCCACGUGUGCGGACCAUUUUCUCCACGAUGGGUGUGAGUCUUUUCUUUGGCUUCGGCUACAUGUUGCUGCCGCUGGUGGGCUUCUUCAUCAGAGACUGGAGGAUGCUCAUCCUCGUCCUCAACCUGCCUGGUUUGCUUUGUUUGCCUUUCUGGUGGUUCAUCCCGGAGUCUCCUCGGUGGCUGCUCUCUCAGGGACGGGUGGAGGAGGCCGAGGCCAUAGUGAGAGACGCCGCUAGGAGGAACAAAAUCGAGCCUCCGCCAGUCAUCUUCAGUCCCCUGCAGAACAAACGUCAGUCCGAGGAGAGGACGACCCACAACAUCUGCGAUCUGCUGCGUUCCCGAAACAUCUGCGGGAUUUCGCUCACGCUGUGGCUGGUGUGGAACUCCCUGACCAUUGGCUACUUCGCACUGUCCCUGAACACGGCGAACCUUCACGGCAACGCCUACUUCAACUGCUUCCUGUCGGCUGUGGUCGAGCUGCCCGCCUACACUUUGUCGUGGGUUUUGUUUCGCUGGGUUUCCAGACGACUGAGCAUCUUCUCCACGCUCUCCAUGGGAGGACUGUCUCUACUGUUCAUACAGCUCAUACCAGCAAACCUGAUUCCUGUUGCCAUAACGCUGGAGAUGAUGGGGAAGUUUGCCGUGUCGACGGCCUUCGCCAUCGUGUACGCCUACACAGCAGAAGUCUACCCAACCGUGCUGAGGAACACAGCCAUUGGCGCCUGCUCCAUGGCCUCCCGAUUAGGCAGCAUCAUGGCUCCGUACUUCAUUUACUUGAGAAGCUAUUCCGUAUCGCUGCCUUACAUCCUCAUGGGAAGUUUGAUGACUCUGGCGGGGUUGCUGAGUCUCCUGCUGCCCGAGAGCUAUGGAAUGCCUCUGCCCGAGACCAUCACUCACAUGCAACCCUUCCCUGGAUGUUGUCAGAAGACACCUUACACGGCCACACACACCGAGGAAGACGAGGAGAUUUCCAGUGAAAAGAAAAAUCCAGUGGUCACUUGAUCGAGGAGCAGCACUGACAUCCAGCUGUUGAACAGUUCCUCACUGAAUUUUAUUUGUAUCUGACAUCAACAGGACCAAGAACAUGAUAUAAAUAAUAAUUAUAAUAAUGCUUUGAAAUAUGUCCAUAGACCUGGAAUAAUAUCUUCCGUGAGAGAGCAACCACUGCAACUACACUUACAUAACUGCUGCUUUACUGUUAUGAAUAGAUACAAAUAUACAUGGUACAUAUAAUAUAGCAGAAUGUUCAAAUAUACUGAUUUUCACAUUUAGUGUAGCUGCAAUUCUUUUGUUUCACUUUUAAAAUGCGUUUUUAAACAUUUCUGAAUAAUCUUUGUAAAUGAACAAACAAUGCACAGACUGACCUGAGAGGGAGAAAGUCGGUAAUAAAAACUGCCUAUUUUUCAUGGUGGUGUAUUGUUGGAUAGCUCUUCAUUGUCAGACGUUCAUACAGCAUCACAUUGUGCAAUAGAUUAAAGUCGACGUAGACAGAAUUAUCAGAAUUUUCUGAACCGGAAAAGGUUGCAAUGAUUCACAAAUUUCCCUUGUGUAUCUAACGCUUUAGACAAUCAGUGUUGAUGAUGAAGGUAUUUUGGUUUUGAGUGAUAUAUUAAAAGAAUCAUCGUGCCA